GUGAUGGAUACAUUUCACGUAAUGAGUAUGACGCUGCAGAAGAUGUAAAACAACAGGAAAUUGAUGAGCGACGUGCGCAAUAUUUUGGCAAAAUUUAUGAAGAAUUUGAUGAGAACUUCGACUUAAAAUUGGAUGUCAAAGAGGUGGAAAAAAUGUUGGUUGAACGAUAUGCCUUAAAACCUCGUUUCAAUUUCCAGUCAAUAUUUGAUUCAUUCGAUAAAAAUCAUGAUGGCGGACUUGAACUGCUCGAGUAUAUCAAAUUCGAUAGUGAGAUACCAUUUGAGGAAAUGGACCCAUUGGAUGGUGAGCCAUUAUCAGCAGGAAAAAUUGCCAAAGAAAAAUUAUCAAUGCAAAAAUCAACACCACUGAUUGACAUUUUAAAAAAAUUAUGA